CACGCGGCGACCCAUCGAGAUUGCAACUGGGAAAGCAUGGCUGCGCCGGUGUGCUGGUUGUUGGUUGCGGCGGCGCUUGGCGUCGUCAGCGCCGAUGGUGCGGACUUCUCGAUGACGGUGCUGCACACCAACGACGUGCACGGGCGCUUCGAGGAGAUCAGACCCGACGGCACCCGCUGCCCCAAGACCGACGCCGAGAAGGGACUCUGCGUCGGAGGCAUCGCGCGCCACAAGAACCUGGUGAACGAAGUUCGGAAAAAGGGAGGGAACGUCUUGUUUCUCAACACGGGCGACUACUACCAGGGCAGCCUGUGGUACUACUUGCUCGGCGCCGAGAUCGUCGUCGAAGCCGUCAACUACCUCAAACACGACGCCAUGACGCUGGGCAACCACGAGUUCGACAAGGGCGCCGAGGGGAUGGCGGACCUGGUGCGCAACAGCACGGUGCCCAUCCUGGGCUGCAACGUGGACUUCUCCGGAGAGCCGCUGCUCAGGGACAUGCCGCUCAGGCCCUCCAUGACUGUGACACGCGGGGGCCUCGAAGUGGGGCUCAUCGGCUACGUCACGCCCAACACGGCCUCCCUCUCGCGACCGGGCAAGAUUCGCUUCACGGACGAAGUGGAGUGCGUCCGAAGGGAGGCCAGAAAGCUCCGCGCCCAAGGGGUCAAGGUCAUCAUCGCUAUGGGACACUCCGGUCUGCCCAAGGACAAGGAGAUUGCCGAGGCUGUGCCGGAGGUCAGCCUCGUGGUGGGUGGACACACGCACACAUUCCUCUACUCCGGGCCCACCACGGGAGGCAAGAUCUCGGGCAACGCACCCCAGGGUCCAUACCCGGUGGUGGUGAAGCGGGCCGACGGCACGCGCUGCCUCGUGGUCCAGGACUUCUGGCUGGGCAAGUACAUGGGAUACAUCAACGUCACCUGGGACGCGCGGGGAGAGCCGCUGCGCUGGGAAGGGCAGCCCCUGCUUCUCGACAACAGCAUCAGGCAGGACCCCGACGGACUCGCGCUUCUGGACCACUACCGGCCUCUCUUGGAGUCCAAGCGCAGCGAAACCGUGGCCAGCACGCAGGUGCUGUUGCAGGGAGACAGGCCGGUGACGCACUUCGGGGAAUCAAACCUGGGCAACGCGGUCACCGAGGCCUUCCUCAAGUUCCUGGCCCAAAUGACACCUAGGGCGAACGGCUCGUGGAGUUCGGUGGCCGCAGCCAUCGCAAACGGCGGAGGCUUCAGGGCGCCCAUCAGCGACGAGAGCCCCGGUGGAGCGAUCACCUUCGAGGACGUGGUGAAUGUGAUGCCUUUUGGCAACACCCUGGUGCUUCUUAAUGUGACCGGGGCCCAGCUGAAGCGGGUCGUCGAACACGGUGUGGCUCUGCACGACAUCACGGGCCUCAUCGCGAAGGGAGAAUUCCUCCAGAUGGCCGGCAUGCGCGUGGUAUACGACAUCAGUCGUGAGCCUUGGGACCGAGUGGUGAGCUUGCGGAUCCUGUGCACAGCCUGCCGGGUGCCCGUCUUUGAGGACGUGGACCCAGAAAAGUGGUACCGCAUCGCUGCAGUCAGAUACAUCGUGAAGGGAGGAGACCACUUCGACUUCUCUUUCGUGAAGCCGCAAGACCGCCUUGACACUGGCUACGAGGACGUGGAGGUUUUUGUCAGCUACCUGAAGGCCAUCUCCCCCGUGACCACUGGCCUUGACGGGAGGAUCUCCUUCGCGUCCGCGCCCGGUGCGGCGACCAAGCCUAACCACGCGGGACGCCCAGCGCCGACCGCCUUGACGGCCCUGCUGUUGCCCGCUCUAGUACAGGUCGCCAUGCUGCUUCGGCAGUCGCUGUCGUGAUCAGGGAAAGCAGUGUCACCGGCUCACGUGGGACUUCGGCAAGCUGCCGCCUCAACGACGCGAUACCAAGAACGAAC